UUACAAACACAAUGAGACAAAUGAAAAAAGUAUUAACAGCGAAGUUGAUGAUUCAGACUUCAGAUUAAUGACGAUAACAUUUACCUUAUACAGCAUCAUUUUUGUUCUUGGGACUAUCGGUAAUGGAUUAGUCAUCUGGAUUGCUGGAUUCAGGAUGAAGAAGACAAUCAGCGCUGUGUGGUUCCUCAACCUGGCCAUUGCGGACUUCCUCUGCUGUGCUUCUCUUCCUCUGCGCAUUGCAGAGUGGUCUUACUUUUUCUCAAACUAUGUUGAACACACAGAGGAUUUUUGCAUAGCAAAUAUUAUUCUGUUCAAUCUUAAUGUGAGCGCCAGUGUUCUUCUCUUGACGGCCAUGAGUAUUGACCGCUGUGUAUCCGUCCUGUGGCCAUUUUGGACUAAAGUUCACAGAACACAUAGGCUAGUGAGAAUCAGUGCAGCAAUUAUUUGGGUGCUGAGUUUGCUCCUGACUGGUAUAGUGUAUUACUUAUAUAGAGUUCUUCUUAAAGAUUAUUAUGAAUGGUGUAUAUUCUCUUUGAUUAUCCAGCACAAUCUCCUUAACAAAAAACAAACAAUUCAACUGAUCAGGUUACUUAUAAUGUUUGUGAUCCCGUUUCUCAUCAUCUUGAUCAGCUAUGUUAUUGUUUUCCUCAAAAUUAGAAAAUCUAAGACAUCCCAGAGAUCUCAGAGGCCCUACAGGAUCAUCACCGCUGUUAUAUUGGGUUUCUUUAUCUGCUGGCUUCCAUAUUACAUCUGGCCACUAACACCUACUUAUGAUGAACCUUCAUAUGAUAUUCAAUUCUAUGUAGUAAAUACUAUUGUUACUAACCUGGCUUGUCUUAACAGUUGCAUCAAUCCAAUCAUUUAUAUUUUUAUGGGCCAAAAUUUUAAAAUCUGCUUCUUCAGAUCUAUCCCGGCCAGGCUACAAAGAGCUUUUAGUGAACAUCCUAAUGACCUACAAGAGGAUCAUGAACAUGCUGUCACUACUGAAGUUUAAAAUAUAUUCCACUUACUUGCCUCAUGAAAAAAAAAUAUUCUAUAUUUUUCAAACCAAUAUCUGGACCUAAAUAUUUUUGUAAUUGAAUGUAAUUCAAAAUUUGAGUGGCCACUACAGCCUCAUUCACGUGUCAGUGUUUUGUUCAGUGUUUUCCAUCAGUGAUUGAGAGCCAAAACCAGGAUUGGAGCCUCCACAGACAUCAGGUAAAAGGGGGAGAUCUGCACCUUUUCUGGGUUUCGACUCACACCUGGUUUGGGCUCAAAAUCAAGAACCAAAACAAUGACGUGGGAAUAAGGACUAAAGAAACAAUUCCAGCAAUAAAAGUGGAAAUCUCUGGAUCCAUGCAAGGUGUAGGCUGGUUCUCCCUUUGUACUAUAUGAUCUUAAAUUUUUACAUUGAGAAUGGGAUAACCUAUUUAAAUGAUUUUUCUAGGAUUUAAAGCGAUAUGUAAAAGGAAAUAUAGAGCCCCACAGCAAAACAUAGUAAUGGCUCCUCUCUUCAUAAAUUGUUUGCCACAUUUAUUUGUAUUAUUUUUUAAUUUUGGGUAAAGUUUUUUUUUCUCAAUAAAAAAAAAAAAGUUGUGCUCUUCUGUACCCACUUAACCUGACUUCUGUAUCUGAGAACAUGUUACAAAUGCUUUAUAUAUGUGGCACUA